GUCUCCUUCCAGCUGCAGAUCGGGCUGACCCGCGAGUCCGUCCUGCUGCCCGCCGCCUCCGACGUGGCCCACGUCAAGCAGCUGGCCUGCUCCAUCGUCGACCAGAAGUUUCCAGAGUGCGGCUUCUACGGUCUCUAUGACAAGAUUCUUCUCUUCAAACAUGACCCUUCCUCUGCCAACAUCCUACAGUUGGUCCGAGCGGCCGGUGACAUCCAAGAGGGGGACCUGGUGGAGGUCGUCCUUUCAGCCUCUGCCACUUUCGAGGACUUCCAGAUCCGCCCUCACGCCCUCAACGUGCAUUCGUACCGGGCCCCAGCCUUCUGCGACCACUGCGGGGAGAUGCUGUUUGGCCUGGUUCGCCAGGGCCUGAAGUGUGAUGGGUGCGGCCUGAACUACCACAAACGCUGCGCCUUCCGCAUCCCCAACAACUGCAGCGGUGCUCGCAAGAGGCGUCUGUCUUCCACCUCGCUGGUCAACUCCCAGUCCCUGCGCCUCUCGAUCACGGAGUCCCUGCCUUGUGCUCCCGAUGAGCUGAGCCGGAGUACAACCGAGCUCCUCCCUCGCCGGCUGACUUCCUCCACGUACAUCGGCCGCCCCAUCGAACUGGACAAGCUUUUCUUGACGAAGGUCAAAGUGCCCCACACCUUCCUCAUCCACUCUUACACUCGCCCCACCGUCUGCCAGUACUGCAAGAAACUGCUCAAGGGUCUCUUCCGCCAGGGACUCCAAUGCAAAGAUUGCAAAUUCAACUGCCAUAAACGUUGUGCUACUCGGGUGCCAAAUGACUGCCUUGGGGAGACGCAAUUUAAUGGCAGCGAUGUGCAGAUGGAAGACGUCAGCGACCUCAGCGAGGCUGACAAGAACUCCCUCAUGGAUGAAUCAGAUGACUCCGGGAUCAUCCCCGGUUCCCACUCGGAGAAUGAGCUCCGAGUGGAUGAAGACCCUGAUUCCAUCAGUAAAUCACAGGGGUCCGUGGGGUACAUCCCCUUGAUGCGAGUGGUGCAGUCGGUCCGGCAGACAACCCGAAAAUCGAGCACGGCUCUGAAGGAAGGCUGGGUGGUCCAUUUCAGCAACAAGGACACCUUGCGGAAGCGCCACUACUGGAGGCUGGAUAGCAAAUGCCUGACCCUCUUUCAAAAUAAUACCAGCAGCCGCUACUACAAGGAGAUCCCCCUGUCAGAGAUCUUGGCUGUGGAGCCAGCCCAGGAUUUCUCCCUGGUGCCUUCGGGGGCCAACCCUCACUGCUUCGAAAUUAUCACAGCCAAAGCCACGUACUACGUCGGCGAAAACGGCGCCAACAGCAGCGGCCAACAGCAUGGCGGAGAUGGCCAGGAGAAUGCGAAGGCUUGGGAGAGCGCCAUUCGCCAGGCCUUCAUGCCCGUCAUCCUUCAGAGUGCCCCCAGUGCCAAAGGGCAGGCACCCCACAGACAAGCGUCACUGCGAAUCUCUGUUUCCAACAGCCAGAUCCAGGAAAAUGUGGAUAUCGCCACUGUGUACCAGAUCUUCCCCGAUGAGGUCUUAGGCUCCGGCCAGUUUGGUGUUGUUUAUGGAGGGAAACACCGGAAGACCGGACGGGAUGUGGCCGUGAAAGUGAUUGACAAGCUCCGUUUCCCGACCAAGCAAGAAAGCCAGCUGCGCAAUGAAGUGGCCAUCUUGCAGAGUUUGAGACACGCUGGGAUUGUGAACCUCGAGUGCAUGUUUGAGACCCCGGAGAAAGUGUUCGUUGUGAUGGAGAAGCUUCAUGGGGACAUGCUGGAAAUGAUUCUGUCUUCGGAGAAGGGCCGGCUGCCUGAGAGACUCACCAAGUUUCUUAUCACACAGAUCCUGGUGGCACUGCGGCAUCUGCAUUUCAAAAACAUUGUGCACUGUGACCUCAAGCCGGAAAAUGUCCUCCUGGCCUCAGCCGAGCCGUUUCCCCAGGUGAAGCUGUGUGACUUUGGCUUUGCCCGCAUCAUUGGCGAGAAGUCUUUCCGACGUUCCGUAGUGGGCACCCCAGCUUACCUAGCACCUGAGGUUUUGCUCAACCAGGGCUACAACCGCUCUCUAGACAUGUGGUCGGUGGGCGUCAUCAUGUACGUUAGCUUGAGCGGCACUUUCCCUUUCAACGAAGACGAGGAUAUCAAUGACCAGAUCCAGAACGCUGCCUUCAUGUACCCGCCUAACCCUUGGCGCCAGAUCUCAGUUGGAGCCAUUGAUCUGAUCAAUAACCUGCUGCAGGUGAAAAUGAGGAAACGCUACAGUGUGGAUAAAUCCCUCAGCCACUCUUGGCUACAGGACUACCAAACGUGGCUGGACCUCCGAGAACUAGAGAGCAGGAUGGCCGAGCGCUACAUCACCCACGAGAGCGACGACGCCCGCUGGGAACAGUUUGCGGCGGAGCACGGCCUGCCGUACCCCGACCAUCUGCGAGUUCGCCGGCUGGACGAAGAGGAAGAGGAGGGCGAGCCGCAGCAAGAGGUGGAGAUGAAGGGCUUAGCCGAGCGGGUCAGCGUGCUCUGA